CGGCCCAGGGCGGAGGAGUCCGCGGUGGCGGCGGCCCAGGCGGCGGCGGCCCAGGCGGCGGCGGCCCAGGUGGCGGCGGCGGCCCUGUUCCCCGCGCGGUCCGCGCAGCGGGGACCAGGCUGCGCGUCUCGGGCGGCGGCGGCAGCGGCACUGCGGCCCUAGCCCGGGUCCCCUCCCCGGCCGCCCCCCGCCCACGGGCCGCCCCCCGGGCCCCCGCGUCCCCUCCCCCGCUGGCGGGGCUCGGACAGAAGAUGGUGCAGAAGAAAACAGCCGAACUUCAGGGCUUCCACCGUUCGUUCAAGGGGCAGAACCCUUUUGAGCUGGCCUUCUCUCUGGACCAGGCCCCACAGGAGGACAGCGACUAUAGCCUGGAGUGUCAGACCCGCCCUGACAUGCCCGCCAGUCAGCCCAUCGACAUCCCCGACACCAGGAAGCGGGGCAAGAAGAAGAAGCGGUGCCGGGCCACGGACAGCUUCUCGGGAAGGUUCGAAGAUGUGUACCAGCUGCAAGAGGACGUGCUGGGGGAAGGUGCGCAUGCCCGGGUGCAGACCUGCGUGAACCUCAUCACCAACCAGGAGUACGCGGUCAAGAUCAUUGAGAAGCAGCCUGGCCACAUUCGGAGUAGGGUGUUCCGGGAGGUGGAGAUGCUGUACCAGUGCCAAGGACACAGGAACGUUCUGGAGCUGAUUGAAUUCUUUGAGGAAGAGGAUCGCUUCUACCUGGUGUUUGAGAAGAUGCACGGGGGCUCCAUCCUGAGCCAUAUCCACCGGAGAAGGCACUUUAACGAGCUCGAGGCCAGUGUGGUGGUGCAGGACGUGGCCAGCGCCCUGGACUUCCUGCACAACAAAGGCAUCGCCCACCGGGACCUAAAGCCAGAAAAUAUCCUCUGUGAGCACCCCAACCAGGUCUCACCCGUGAAGAUCUGUGACUUUGACCUGGGCAGUGGCAUCAAGCUCAACGGGGACUGCUCCCCAAUCUCUACACCAGAGCUGCUCACCCCGUGCGGCUCCGCGGAGUACAUGGCGCCCGAGGUCGUGGAGGCCUUCAGCGAGGAGGCCAGCAUCUACGACAAGCGCUGCGACCUGUGGAGCCUGGGCGUCAUCCUCUACAUCCUGCUCAGCGGCUACCCGCCCUUCGUGGGCCACUGCGGCAGCGACUGCGGCUGGGACCGCGGCGAGGCCUGCCCGGCCUGCCAGAACAUGCUGUUCGAGAGCAUCCAGGAAGGGAAGUACGAGUUCCCGGAGAAGGACUGGGCCCACAUCUCGGCCGCCGCCAAAGACCUCAUCUCCAGGCUCCUGGUGCGGGACGCCAAGCAGAGGCUGAGUGCGGCGCAGGUUCUCCAGCACCCCUGGGUGCAGGGGUGCGCUCCUGAGAACACGCUGCCCACGCCCAUGGUCCUGCAGAGGAACAGCUGUGCCAAAGAUCUCACGUCCUUCGCGGCCGAGGCCAUGGCCAUGAACCGGCAGCUGGCCCAGCGCGAGGAGGGCGCGGCCGAGGAUGCCGGGCAGGGCCCGCCACGGGUCAUCCGCGCUGCGUCGCGGUGCCUGCGCCUGUCCCCGCCGUCCCAGUCCCAGCUGGCCCAGCGGCGGCAGCAGCGCGGCAGCCUCUCGGCUGCCCCCCUGGUCCUGGUGGGGGACCACGCGUGACCCCCUGUCCCCUCUGUACAUAGGCCCCUCUUCUCCCCCACUCCCCCCAGAUCUAAAGAUUUUUUUAAGCUAUUACCAGCCGUGACCCGGGCUGCCCCCCCCAUACCCCCAUGGGGUUCCCCGCGGGAAUCCCAGCCGCGGGGGGCAGGGGGGUCUUUUUAUAUAAGGUUUUUGCUGUUGGGUUUUUCCCCUUUUUUUCUGGCCUUCCUUCCACCUCUCCCCGCCAUAGCCCCGUUCCCCCCAACCCCCCCGCCGCUGCCCCCUGUCUUACCCCCCUCCCCCAUUUUUACGGUGUUCGAAGCAAAGCAGGCUUUCGGGAGGCGAAACGGGGGCGCGUGUGGCUGGGUUCGCCCCCCCGCCCCUCCCGGCCCCCGCGCGCUCACAUGUACUGUGAAAGGCCCCCCAGCCCAGCCGGGACUCAGGAGGGGGAGGGCUCCGCCGUCUUCCAGAGCUUGGGGGCGCUUCCCCCGGCUCCCCCCACCGUGUUUCCAGGGACGGCUGUCCUCAGGCCUUCCCUGGAUCCCUCACCCCAAAGAUGCCUGGUGGCUGGAUGGGGGGGGCCAGGGCACCCCAUCACAGGGAGGGGGCCCGGGGGAUCCCCGCCCCCCCUCCCAGACACUGACAAUCCGGGGCUUCCUCCAGCGCUCAGCUGCGGCACCUGCUGGGGGGCCAGCGUCCCUCCCUCCCCCCCUGCCGGGGACGCUGCCCACCCAGGAGGGUGGCCCCGGAGGGUAUCCGGAGGAGCCGGACACGUCCCUGUCAGCCGAUGAGGGGGUCCCGCGGACCCCACCCGGGCACCCGCACCCACGGUGCUCCUUCUCAGGGCUCAGUCUGACUGUGGCCGUGUCUGGCCCCCCUCGACUCCUCCCCGGGGCCCUGCCGGCCCUCUGCCCUCUCCUGCUCUGCACCCCCCUCUCUCGGCUGCCCUGCCCGAGGGCAGCCCCUGCCACCUUCAGGAAACCGCGGCCCCGCCCCCGCCCAGGUCUGAGGUCGCGUGACCCGCGGGGCCCGGGGAGACCGAGGCCCUGGCGCCCGGGGCGGGGCACACUAUGCAAUGCAGGCUUCCUCCCCUCCCCCUUUUCUACAACACGCGUGCUUCCACCAGGGGGUGGGGUCCCCCACUCCGCUGCUCGCUCGGCGCCCUCCCGGGCCCCUUCUCAGCCGACUUUGCGUCCCUGUUGUUGGAAAUACUUGAAUGUUUGACGUGGGCGGGUACGCGGACGGACACCCUCUCCCGCCACCCCCCACCCCGCCGCCCCCAGUCACACGAGGGCCAGCUGGUGGGGGCUGCGCCCCCCCCCAGACCCCCGCGCGCUUGGACCCACCCGUGGCCUGCCUUUCCAAAGACCCUGGGGCGCGCCCGCCCAGCCCGGCGCCCGCGCCCGCCGCCAGUGAUCCCACAUUUUGCAAACGGGGGUUCUCUGCCUUUUUGUAUAAAGCGCGGCGGGGUGGGACCGGGCCGGCCGGCCGGGCCGGCGGGCGCCGUUACUGUGAAUGAGUGAGGUCAGUGCCACCGCGUUUCCGAGGGACGCCCGCGGCGGCCCGGGUCGGGGCGACACAUCCAAGCACUUUAGCUCCGCCGCCGGCCUCCGACGCAGCCCGCGCCCGCCGCCCGCCACGCCGGAAUUUUGUAUUCUGUUUUGUAAGGAUUUAAUAAAAGAAAACCAGAGAGGCU